UCCGCCUCCCGCUCCUCCUCCUUCCCGGGCCGGCCGGAUCCUCCGAGACGGUGAUGAUGGGGGGCGGAGGAGGCGCCUGAGGUGACCGGGCCGCCUGGCACCGAGCGAGGGAGGAGAAGACGAAGAGGCGGCAGGGGAAGAAGCGCCUCUGCGCGGCCGGGAGACGGACGAGGAGGGCGGGCAGCAGCUGGCCGGGCCUCUCGGCUGCUCCUCUUCCCUUCUCCCUUCUCCUCUCCACCCUGUGGUGUUAAAAGGACAUCUCUGUGGGGAGCUGGAUAGGAUAUAUACACUUUCCUCUUUUUCAGCACUUUCUGCCUCACGGUUUCCUCUCUCCCCAUUAAUCUCUUUAUUUCGGAGCUCCCACCUCCCUCUCUCUCUUCUAUUUAUUUAUUUUUAAUUCCCCCCCCCCGCGUUUAUUUCUCAUUUCUUCUCGCCUUUCCUUCCUCAAAUAACCCCUUCUCCAUUGGCAUUUUUGUCAAAUAUUCCCCAUUGGGGAGGAGGGGGGCUCCUUUCUUCCUUCUUUUCUUCCUAGGGGAGUAAGUUUUAGGACGGCACCCCCCCCAAAAAAAAACCGUGCCUCCCUAUUCCCGUGUAUAAGACUUACUAUAUUCCCCCCCCCCAUUUUUUUAAGUUUAAAAACUGGGGGUCGUCGUCUACACGGUUGCAAUUCAUUAUUUCUUAAUUUGGGGGCUCCAAUUCAUUCUUUCUUAAUUUGGGGCUCCAAAAAAGGGGUCGUCUUAUGCAUGGGGGGCGUCUUAUACAUGGAAAAAUACAGGAAUUAAAAUUCCCCUGCACUCAGUUCUGCCCACCUUCCCUUUUCCGCUGCCUCCAUCCUUCCCCCUUUCCCGAUGCUUUUCCCCUCUCAACCUUCCCCAUUCCCUUUUCCUUCCUCCUCUUUCCUUUUAAACUCUCCUUCCUUGCCCCCCCCCCACUUUCUUUCCUUCCUCCCUCCCCAUCUCCUGCUUCCUCAGCCCAGCCCACCUCCCCCCCCCCCACAGUUCCAGCUGUGCAGUUAAUCCAGUCUGGCUUUGUGUCUGAUGGGGAGCGGAUGUGCCUUUCCUUGCUGGGGUGAAGCCCCUCUUGGACCCCUUCUUUUUGGGUGCCAGACCUCCACCCCCCCACCAACAACAUGCCUCUUCUGGUAAGCGGCAGGUAAGCAUGCUCAAUGGGGGUGGGGGCAGCAUCCCCUUCAUUAUGGAAAUUGCUUUUUUAUCAUUAUUAUUAACUGCUAAAGGCUUUCCGAUUGCCAUCUUCAAGGCAUGUUUCUUAACAUUCUGGGAAAUUUAAUGAACCGUAAUAUUCUUCCUUAACAUCAGUGCUUUUUUCUGGGGGGACGCAGGGGUGCGCAUACCCCUAAACAUUUUGUGAAUCUAAGUUUGGCCUCAUCAAGGAGCAGUAUUUCAACAUGAGUAGGAAAAUGAGAGUACCCCUAAACAUUUUUUUUAAGGAAAAAAAGCACUGCUUAACAUUAUGGGGAAAGUGUAUCUGGGGGGUUAUUGGAACUGGAGUUGGGGGGUCUGUUAUUUGCAUUGGCCGGGUAUCUUUCUGGUGGGAAGAGGAGUAGGCUGUAUUCUGACAAAAUCUGGCUCGCUGUUGGUUUCAUAACUGCCGUCGCAGAAAUGUAACUUCUUUUUUAGAAAACAGCUGAAGGCAAAACUUUUAAAUGAGUCUGUGCCUUUAAGGUUGGAAUUGGUGCUCGGUAAUAAAUUUUGAUUCAAGAAGUUCCCAGUUUUAACCCGCUCUAGGGAUGUGUAUUAAAAAAUGGAUAGGCAAAUAAAUGUUUAGGAUCCUUGACUGCAUUUCUCAAGGUUUUUCUGGACAGCAUCUACUAGUGAGUAACCAAGCAUUUGACUGUGUUACGGGUCACUUCAGUAUCUUAUAUCCACCCAUGGCAGAAAGUGAUAUUCGGCUGACAUGCUGUCCUUAUUUCAAAGGAUUUCCCUUUAUUCUGGAAUAUCCCCAUCUCAAAACCAAGCACUGCACUUAUUUUUAAAAACUUUGAUAUGCCCAUCACACUUUGGAUGCCCACCACACUUUUCAAAAGUUAAAAAGCGAGGCUUUCUUCUCUUUGAGAUGACAUUUCCAAGUGUAGCUGCUUCUAGCUCUACUUCAUACAUGGCACGCAUUUUACAUCUCGUGUCUUGAAACAUGCAUGGAAAUGCCACUUAAGAAUGACUAAAAUUCCGGCCUGAUUCACUGCCACCUUCUAUUCUGGAAAUAUUCCGGAAGCGAUUCGUUCAAAGCCAAACCUAGGUCUUAAGAUGUGUGUCCUUUAUUAUAAUGAUAAUUAUAAUAAUAGAUAAUGAUGCUUAUAAUAAUACUAUAGCAGCAACACUAGUUGUGUGUGUCUUAUGGAGAAACCACAAGGAACUAAAAUGCUUGUUCUUGCCUUUUAAUGGUAGCUCAGUAGCUGUUGAGAUCUAGGCUGACAAAAUACAUGAAAUAGCUCUGGAUUGUUUGUUUGGCCCUGCUUACAAUACAUGUGUAAAUAUUUCUGGUCUCAUAUUGACACGUGUGUGUGUGUGUACUAUUAUUAUUGUUACUAUUAUUAAUCUAUAUGCUACCCAUCUGACUGGGUUCCAACAGAUUAAAGCACAAUACCACAUCAAACAUUAAAAACUUCCCCAAACAGGACUGCCUUCAGAUGUUUUCUAAAAGUCAGAUAGUUGUUUAUUUCCUUGACAUCUGACGGGAGGGUGUGACUACCAAGAAGGCCCUCUGCCUCACUAGAUGUUUCAGGAUAUGGCAAUAUACUUUGAACACAAAUAGGUGCCUUCUUCUGUUUCUAGAAAUACAGCUAUUAGACUGUCCUUAGCUAGAAUAUAAUUUUUACGAGAUGACAUUUAAAAAUAAGCAACUAAAUAUCCACUUUGUUGUAUUUAAGGAAACAUUUUAAAUAGAAUUGGUGUUUUCAUUUUACCGUACUCUUUUUAUUUUUGGAGUGUUAACAGGGCUUCUUUUUUAAAAUGAAAUUAUGAUAAAUACCUAUUGAGGAUCUCAAUUCUGGUUGAAUUUCAGAUCCAUAAUUAAGCUAAAUAUAUUUCUGUGUAGGGGGAGAAACAAAUUGUGGAUAUUUAAAUGGGAGCUGCACAAGAGUAAUAUUUUUUCUUCAGUUUCCAUUCAUUUGAAUGAGCCUUGCAAAGGAGAACCCAAGGCAUUCUGUCCCCUUUCAUGCCUGGAGAUGACAAUGGAUUGAAUAAACUGAGGCUUAACCCAGAUAAGAUAGAGAGGCAGUAGGUGGAUGGUUUGUCUGCCAAGUUGAGUGGGUGGUUUUUGUUUUUAUUUUUAUUAUGUAUUUUGUGGUUUUAUCUUGUGAACCACCCUGACACCUGCGGGUCUAGGGCAGUAUACAAAAUUAAUAAUAAUAAUAAAAAAAAACCUAUUCUGGAUGUGGUUGCACUCCCCUUAAAUCAUGGGUAGGCAAACUAAGGCCUGGGGGCCUUCUAAACCGGCCCAGAGAUGGUCCAGGAAUCAGCGUGUUUUUACAUGAGUAGAAUGUGUGCUUUUAUUUAAAAUGCGUCUCUGGGUUAUUUGUGGGACAUAGGAAUUCGUUCACCCCCCCAAAAAAAAAAUACAGUCCGCCCCCCAAGGUCUGAGGGACAGUGGACUGGCCCCCUGCUGAAAAGGUUUCCUGACCCCUGCCCUAAGUGAUCCAAUUUGCAGUUUGGAGGUAAAGUGGUACCUCGGGUUAAGAACUUAAUUCGUUCUGGAGGUCCGUUCUUAACCUGAAACUGCUCUUAACCUGAAGCACCACUUUAGCUAAUGGGGCCUCUCACUGCCGCCGCACCGCUGCUGUGCGAUUUCUGUUCUCAUCCUGAAGCAAAGUUCUUAACCCGAGGUACUAUUUCUGGGUUAGCGGAGUCUGUAACCUGAAGCGUCUGUAACCCGAGAUACCACUGUACUCAGCAUCCAAUAUUGUCAUGACUAGAGGCACAGGUGUCCUCGGGGGCUGAAAAUGUCCUGCCUUUUAUCGACUUCUGGUGAGAAAUCGGCUACAAUCUUACUUGGACAGAGAUAGCUUGGCUACGGUACGGUCAGCCAUGCUCUGAUAACCUCCCCUUAGAUUAUUGUGUUAUGUAUGUAGCUGCCUUUGAAAACAAUUACCUUGUUAGUCCAAAAUGGGGCAGUGAGAUUGUUGACCAGGACUAGGCAACUGAAACAUAUUAUGCUAGUACAUUAUCAGAUAUUCUGGCUUCUUGUUUAUUUCCAGGCAGUUUUGGGCCAGGUUACCAGUAGGAUUGCAUCCUCCCACAUAUACCCAGACCUUGAGUCCAUGAUCUCUGAGUACUACCACCAGGUGUGAUCCAACUAGUAGUGAUAAGGCCUUCUCAGUAAUAUCACCCUGGUUGUGGAUUGCCCUCCCCAGAGAGCCUCACCUGACCCCUGUUGUGUAUUUUUUUCUGGUGCCAGGUGAAUACAUUCUUAUCCUUCCAGGAUUCUGAGGGAGGUUUUGGCUUUUAAGGUACCAAUUUUAUUGAUUUUUCUCUGGCAUUAUGUGUUUUAUAAGGGAUUUGUACCAAGAAAGAAAAGAAAGAAAGAAAGAAGAGGUUUGUACUUUGUACUGCUGAAUUUUAGUAGUAUUUAUGUAUUACACCUGAAAGUGAGGUCCUUCAGUUCACCACCCAGAGAAACAAACAAGAUGAAUUUUAACUGGGAGAAAUGUAAAGUAUUGCACUUGGGCAAAAAAAAUGAGAGGCACAAAUACAAGAUGGGUGACACCUGGCUUGAGAGCAGUACAUGUGAAAAGGAUCUAGGAGUCUUGGUUGACCACAAACUUGACAUGAGCCAGCAGUGUGACGCGGCAGCUAAAAAAGCCAAUGCAAUUCUGGGCUGCAUCAAUAGGAGUAUAGCAUCUAGAUCAAGGGAAGUAAUAGUGCCACUGUAUUCUGCUCUGGUCAGACCUCACCUGGAGUACUGUGUCCAGUUCUGGGCACCACAGUUCAAGAAGGACACUGACAAACUGGAACGUGUCCAGAGGAGGGCAACCAAAAUGGUCAAAGGCCUGGAAACGAUGCCUUAUGAGGAACGGCUAAGAGAGCUGGGCAUGUUUAGCCUGGAGAAGAGGAGGUUAAGGGGUGAUAUGAUAGCCAUGUUCAAAUAUAUAAAAGGAUGUCACAUAGAGGAGGGAGAAAGGUUUUCUGCUGCUCCAGAGAAGCGGACACGGAGCAAUGGAUCCAAACUACAAGAAAGAAGAUUCCACCUAAACAUUAGGAAGAACUUCCUGACAGUAAGAGCUGUUCGACAGUGGAAUUUGCUGCCAAGGAGUGUGGUGGAGUCUCCUUCUUUGGAGGUCUUUAAGCAGAGGCUUGACAACCAUAUGUCAGGAGUGCUCUGAUGGUGUUUCCUGCUUGGCAGGGGGUUGGACUCGAUGGCCCUUGUGGUCUCUUCCAACUCUAUGAUUCUAUGAUUCUAUGAAAUGCCAUAAAUAAAUAAGUAAUAUUGAUUAACGUAUGGAAGGAUGCAGUUUGAAUUUUCUGCCUCUGGCACCAAAGCAAAGGUCUAGCACAGUUUAGUACUCUUCACACUUCUUAUGUCUUACGUGCUGAUGACUAAGAAUCAUUUGCCAAAAACAGCAACUGAUAAAACAAAGUUUUUGCAUGAAGUAAUUUCCCCACCCCAUGGCACUAUCUCACUAUCACAGUGUGAUGCAGCAGCAAAAAAAGCUAAUGUUAUUCUCGGCUGCAUCAGUAGAAGUAUAGUGUCCAGAUCAAGGGAUGUAAUAGUACCACUCUAUUCUGCCUUGGUCAGACCACACCUGGAAUAUUGUGUCCAGUUUUGGGCACCACAAUUUUAAGAAGGGUGUUGACAAGCAGGAAGGUGUGCGGAGGAGGGCGACCAAGAUGAUCAGAGGUCUGGAAAUGAAGCCUUAUGAGGAGUUCUUGAAGGAGCUGGGUAUGUUUAGCCUGAAAAAGAGGAGACUGAGAGGAGAUAGGAGAGCCAUCUUCAAAUAUCUUAAGGGCUGUCGCAUGGAAGAGGGAGCAUGCUUGUUUUCUCCUGCUCUGGAGGGUAGGACUCGAACCCAUGGCUUCAAGUUGCAAGAAAGGAGAUUCCGACUAAACAUUCGGAAAAACUUUCAGACAGUAAGAACUGUUUAGCAGUUGAACAGACUCCCACUGGAGGUGGUGGACUCUCCUUCCUUGGAGAUUUCUAAGCAUCUUUCAUGGAUGCUUUAGCUGAGAUUCUUGCAUUGCAGGGCAUUGGACUAGAUGACCCUCGAGGUCGCUUCUAACUCUUAAGAUUCUAUGAUUCUCACAACUCAUGUGACCAGGCACACAAAUAAUGGUACCUAAUGCCUCUUUACUGAAACAAUGGGUUGGAUUUUGCUGGUCUUGCAUUCUGGGAGUACUCAAAUAGGGCCUGCUUUAACCAGACAUAUAUAGGAUUGCACUGUGAGUCUCCAAAUGACAAAAAAUACAACACUGCACAGUCCCCUCUUAAGUCUGCUGAAGAGCUGGCAGCCUGUUUUCUCAGCACUUUGUAGUUCAAGCCCAAUAUAUUUACUACAUUUUGAGUGCAUGUUAACAUCUGCAGAAUUGGGGCUACUAUAAGUACAAUUGUAGUCAGUUGUGCUUCAAUGAGUACCUGCAUUAAAAUACAACCAAUCUUUGAAACAAUAUUUUAUACAUACUGUUUUUAAAGAGAAAAUGUCUUUGGCACACAUGUUACAAAAUACCUGAACGGAAAAGAGAAUUUCCUCUUACCAUUUCUGCAGCUGAAGCUAGCUUUUAUAUUCACUACUGGACCAACAACAGUAAUCACUCCUGGGCAGAAAACUUUUUAAAAACAAAACAAACUUGCAAGCAGUUUUCACAACAUAUUUGCUUAUAGUGUAUGGUAACUUUCAUAGAAUGUGUGUCCUUGAUCUGCUUUAUAGUCUAAAUGGUGCUCUAGUAGGUUUUAUUCUGAUGCCUAUUUUGAGUUAAGCUGAGAGAGCCAUCUCUUGAGUGGUAGGAGGGAGGAACGAAUUGCCCUUAAGAACAGAAGAGUGCUGAUGGGCUGCAGCUUUUGGUAUUUGUCUGGUUUCUUACCAACAGCACAACCUUAACCAUGUCUACUCAAAUGUAAAUCCUGUUGAAGUGUAGGGACGCAGUGGCGCUGUGGUCUAAACUAUGGGUUGGCAAACUAAGGCCCGGGGGCCGGAUCCGGCUCAAUCGCCUUCUAAAUCCAGCGUCUGGAAAUCAGCGUGUUUUUUACAUGAGUAGAAUGUGUGCUUUUAUUUAAAAUGCAUCUCUGGAUUAUUUGUGGGGCGUAGGAAUUCAUUCAUCCCCCCCCCCAAAAAAUAUAGUCCACCCCCACCCCCACAAGGUCUGAGGGACAGUGGACCGGCCCCCUGCUGAAAAAGUUUGCUGACCCCUGACUGAGCCUCUUGGGUUUGCCAACCGUUGCUCUGUCCUAGCUUCUGCCAACCUAGCAGUUGAAUUCAACCCUGAGCAAAUGGAACUAAGAUUGCAGUUUAAAUUACACUGGGAUAGCAAAUACUAUUUGUUUGCAGCCUGCAUGUAUGCGGUUAUAACACAUUCAUUGCUCCUAUGGAUUUAUUACUGGAGAUAGAAUUUCUCUCUUUAGGGAAAUGCAGGCUUAUGGAUUCCCUGGUCUUUAUCAGCCACCUGGAGGUUAUCCAUACUUCCACUUGCCCAGUGCCUAGAAAGCAUGGGUCCGGGCAGUUUUCCACAUGUCCCAUACUUUCUAGCAAGGGUCAUAAAAUCAUAGAAUUGUAGAGUUGGAAGGGACCCCGAGGAUCAUCUAGUCCAACCCCCUGCUGUGCAGGAAUCUCAGUGGUUUUGCCCUUGCCCUUCCACUUUCCCAUGGAAAACCUGCUCUUUGGCAAUAAAUCAGAGCAAACGUCAAUCUGGAGAGAACCCAAUUGACAUUUGCUCUGAUUCAGCAGUAAAUAUUGGAUUUUCCCAGGGGAAAGCAGUGGUGCAAGGGCAAGUCUGGAUAUGAUCUUAGUCUCAGAAGAAGAGUGUUAUUCUGGGCCUCUUAUAUCUGUCCACACAUGAUGCAGGGUCCAAAGUAACUGGUUUCAGACUUCUCCAAUCUUCUGCUGUCCUUCCUGUUGUUGUGAAGAUCAGUCAAAUUUCUCCUAGUUGCUAGUCCAGGGGUGUCCAAACUUUUUAAAAAGAGGGCCAGAUUUGAUGAAGUGAACAUGCAUGAGGGCUGAACAAAGUUGUUGACCCUUUUUUUAGGAUUUUACCCCAAAGUUGAGUUGUUGACCUUUUUUUUAGAACCACAGAGAGGAACUGUCUAUGAGGGCCGGAUUAGAACGGACUUUGGAUAUGCCUGAUCUACUCACUAGCUGUAUGAGAGAAGUGAAAAGGAACAAUGUUGGCUUCCAUUCUCUCCCUGAGAUAAGUGUCCAUUGCGAUUGCAACCAACAAAAGAGACAGUCCUGUGUCAAAGAACAACGAAUCAAACUCCUCCGCAGUAUUUUUCAUGCUCUGAUUACUUCCCUGUGGCGGAAUCAUAUGGUCCAAAAGGAAGCCUUUAUUUUAUUGUCUGUGUGUGGGAGCUAGCUGCGUGCUUAAGUGUUUUGUCAAAGGCAGGAUGCUUUUAAAAGGCUUUCAGUGUGUGCCCACUAACAAGUAAAUUGUACAUGAAAGACGUGAGCAUCCUUUCUGCUGAGACCUAUGUCACAUCCGCUCUGUUUCUUAGUGAAAAUAAAACCUACAAAGCAGAUGCUCAUAAUGUGGCUUAUCAAAUGGCCCAUUCCAUCAGUGUUGCCCUCUGGGUGAAAAUAUACUUAAUAUCUACGUGGUCUUUUGUUCUUAUCUUUGUUGCUGGCAUUAGUGAACAUAGAGCUAUAUGCAUUUAUUUGGUUCAGAUAUCCUUGGGUUAUGAAGAUGUCGUUAAAGCCUGAUUUGUGGGGGGUUGGGAUGUAGACUUAGGGGAAGGAGAACAAGUUAAAGCAUGAUAUUAAGCAAGUCUGUACAGCUGGCGUGAAUCCCAAUUUAUGUGAGUGUUCCUCGUCUAAACCAAGGGUGGUUGGGAAUUUUCUGUUGUCUUGCUGUGUUGUUAAAAUGGAAAUGUCCUUACAUUAAGUUACUGAGGUUACGCUGGCGAUCUUGUACAUUUAGAAUUUUGUAUUUGCAUAAGACCUUGUUCUGGUUUUUUGGACCUCCUUUUUGUGUUAAUGUACUAUUAGGUUCCUCUAGCCUUCAAAAUGGUGCUGGCUAAGCAUAACAUUAAUAAAUAGCCCCUUUCUCUUGCUCAUUUGAAGAGGAGGAGACAAUGUCUGAGAAAUCAGUGGUAUCUACCCUCGGGGAAUAGGACACAGACACUGGGUGUCUCUCAGUAGCAAUAUUGUGAGGGUAAAUAUAAUGAAGGGAAUAGAUUAAUUAAAUGGAGAGAAGACCCGAGAGCUGCUUUUUUCAGUCAUCUCAGUCCAUUUAAGAAGAAGAGGUGGAGAGCUGAGCUGGGAGAAAUAGAAAUGUAAGCGUGGUGUAAAAUGGUUGCUCCAAAGGUCUGGUGGAAAGCCCUGUUUCUGUGCGUACAGAUGAGCUCCUUCCUCUUUAUCUUCAGCUGGGCAGGGGAAAUAUGCUUUGAGUUAUAAACAUGGAGAAGAAUGUGUGUGCGCGCGCUUAGAUUUCUCCAAAGGUUAUGGCAUGUGUAAGAUAAUAUUUCUCUGCAGAAGAAUGUUUAUUGUUAAGAAAGAGGGUUUAUUGCUUUUGAUUUAUAGUCCAACAUAUCCCAACCGCGCAAGGUGAUAAACAUUAUGUUUGUUUAAAUAAAUCUUUAUCAGCAAUGGAAGUGACACUGUUUUUCAUACCAUUUACAGAUGAGGCACCAGAUUUGUGUCUUGGGCUGCAAUGUGAACACUAGGGAGUAAGCCCCACUGAGCACAGUGGGACUUAGAGUAAGCCUACAUAGGAUUGCUUAGUCCAGGCAUCCCCAACCUUCAGCCCUCCAGAUGUUUUGGACUACAAUUCCCAUCAUCCCUGACCACUGGUCCUGUUAGCUAGGGAUCAUGGGAGUUGUAGGCCAAAACAUCUGGAGGGCCACAGGUUGGGGAUGCCUGGUUAGUCUAUCAUCAGAGAUCAACAAGGGAAACAUUUCUCUGUGGAGGUUUUUCUACCCUUGACCUCUCAGUGGCUUUUGAUAUGACAUAAAAGAAAAGAUUAACGGAUUGUUGUUUUUUAAGUGCCCUGAUUUUCUUCCAAAAAUGGCAUUCAAGUCUUGAAAUAACCACAAGCAUCAUAACAUAAAAUACUGUAUUAUAAUUAACAGCAGGUUCAAGCAGUUUAAAACCAAGAGAACAAAAUCCCAAAGACAUAACCUCAAACAGUUAACAAACAAAAGCACUCAAGCUAGCAGAAAAAACCCACUGGUCACCAUUAGAACAGUGUUACCAGUCACCAAAGGCUCACAUAAACAAAGACAGGCUUUGCCUGAUGCCUAAAAGAUAAUAAGGACAGCUCCAGGUGAACAUCCAUUUCCAUUUCCGGGGGCCAGCGGCUUAACUUCAGACUAGGGGGUUGCCUGAAGAAGGCCUCCAGUCACUAUCUCAUCUGUCCAGGAGAAGACAGCACUUAAAGUACCUUGUUCCCAGGUCAUGUAAAUCUAUGGCUAUCAAAACUAGACCUUUGGCAACACAUGAAAUAGGAGAGGGCAACUUUUGAGUAAACAUGCAUAGAAAUCACUUGAAAUUUUUGAAGACAUUUCAGAAGAAGUUUGGCGUAGAACACAUUGUGUUAAUUGUGACUUCUUUUGGACCUCCUGCUGGAGUCAAUAGGAAUAAGCCGGGCAGCUUUAUGCUGGUUCUAAUGCUCUCCAGGCAGUUGAGGGUUUACUCCUUUGUGGACACGUGUGAGCUGUUCUGUAAAGUUUCAUAGCCCUCUUUCUGUCUGUAUAAUAUCUGUAUAAAAUCACCGAGUGAAAUCAUUUCGUGUGCGGAUGAUGCCUGACUCCAUUUUCCCUUUAGAACAGACCCAAAAGCAGCAGCUUCGGCUGCAAACAAGCUUGUGGAGACCAUAAUUACCGUAUUUUUCGCUCUAUUGGAUGCACUAUAGGAGGGGGAGAACGGGGGGGGGGUUCUUGUUCUCCCCCUCUAAGUCAAGGUGCGUUCAAGGUGCGUUCACCCGAAGCCUCCGGAGCCCAGCGGGAGUUCCCGCUGGGCUCCGGAGGCUUUGGGUUCCUUUCAACCUGCUCUUUGGGGCUGGCGGGGGGGGAGCGCUGCUUUCCCCACCGCCAGCCUCCAAACCAGGUCGGGUUUGGAGGCUGCUAUCCGCAAGCCUUGGGAGCCUGACGAGCACUCCCGCCGAGCUCCCAAGGCUUGCGGAUAGCUUCCUGAAGCCUGGAGAGCGAGAGGGGUCAGUGUGCACCGACCCCUCUCUCUCUCCAGGCUUCAGCGAAAGCCUCCAUUCGCUCCAUAGGACACACACACAUUUCCCCUUCAUUUUUGGAGGGGGAAAAGUGCAUCCUAUAGAGCGAAAAAUACGGUAGAUGGAUUUACAAAAUGCUGCCAAUGCCAGCUAGUAGUCCCUUUUCUCCAGGGGUCAGUUUCCACUUGAUGAAUAAUAGUCUUUCUCUUUUGGUGAACCAAGUUCACAGUCUUGCUGUGCUCCAGCAUCUACUGCAGGUGUGGAGGAACCUUUGGGCCCUGUAGAUGUCGUUGAACUACAACUCCCAUCAUCUCUGGCCAUUGGCCAGGUUUGCUAGUGCUGAUGUGAACUGUAGUUCAGCAACAGCUGGAGGGCCAAAGGUUCCCCACUCCUGGUCUGCCAUUAGAAGCAGAGCUGAAACAGAGCAGUGGCUAAGGGCAGGUUCCACCAACUGGUCAUUUGGACGGCAGUCUCACUGUAUCUCUUAUCCAUUCUUCUUCAGUAACUUCCAGGCUAGACUCUCUGAUGCAGUCUGAGAGGCGCAGAGAAGCCCACCCACCAAAAGUAUUUGGAAACAUUCGUUGGUGUGCAAUGCAGGGGUCUGGCUUUUUGUGAAGGCUAGUCACCAAAAUUGUGUGACAUUGCACCUGUUCUAAACUACACUGGCUUCUUGUUGGUUUCCAGACAGACUUCACACAAAGUGUGGAAGAGGCUGUCCUCUUAAUCUCUAGCACAUGGCUGUGGCCUUUUCAAUUGUAGGCCCUCUAGGGAAUCUAAGCGUUGUAAAAAGGUAGAAGGUAAAGGACCCCUGGAUAGUUAAGUCCAGUCACAGGCGACUAUGGAGUUGCGGUACUCAUCUCGCUUUUCAGGCCGAGGGAGCGGGCGUUUGUCCACAGGCAGCUUUCCGGGUCAUGUGGCCAGCAGGACUAAACUGCUUCAGGCACAACGGGACCCUGUGAUGAGUGCCAGAGUGCACAGAAACACUGUUUAUCUUCCCACCACAGUGGUACCCAUUUAUUUACUAGCACUGGUGUGCUUUCGAACUGCUAGGUUGGCAGAAGCUGGGACAGAGCAACGGGAGCUUACACCAUCACGCAGAUUCGAACCACCAACUUUCCAAUCGGCAAGCCCAAGAGGCUCAGUGGUUUAGACCACAGAGCCACCCACUCCCCUAAGCAUAGUGCUACCAUCUUUUAAGAGAGGUUAAAACAUCUUGUAGUUUUGAUACAGUACUUUGUUUUAUUUGUGUGUAAACCACAUUGAGUUAAAAUAUUUGCCUUAAAGGUAGCUUGUAUGUGGCUUAAUAAUAAGUAAUAUUAAAAUACUCGUUUAAAAAUGCCUCAGAGGUUCAAGUACCCUUGCUCCAUAUUAUAAAUGUAUUAUGUUCCAUUUGCAUGUUUCUUACUCCCUGGGGCCAGCAGUGUGUUUAGAUAAACAUUAAACUGUAGGGGAGGCAAACAAAGGCAUGUGUUGUGCAUGAGUUGAAUCUUGAAAAAGGCUUAAUUUUGGUAGUGUCAUUUCCCCCCCCUCUUGCAAUCCCUUAAAAAAAAAAAAGCCAUCCAUCAUGGUCUUUCAAAAUUGCUUUCAUGAAAGGAACUGGAUUUUAUAUAAUCCUCUUCAAUAUGUAAAGCCCUAGAUACUUCAAGUGCCUUGGGGGUGUCCCUUAAAAAGAAAAAGAGAAAACCCUUCAUCUUGAAAAGCAAGUGACAAGAGUACCAAGAGAUUCCCAGUAUGUAACUUAUGUAUUUUUAAUUAAUUUCUGUCUUGAGUGUGACCUGAAAGUGUCAGUAUAGAAUAACAUCUCUUAACAUCACACUUAUGUGAACUAAUAUUGAACAAGCAUAACGUGAAUCUUUUGAGCAUGUAAUAUUUCUUGGCCUACUUUGCCUCUCUUCUGGGGGUUUUGCUCUUGAAUGACUCACUGGCAUGAAUAUAUAUAUAGCAUUUGUCUAAAAAGGACAGGCAAAGCAAAAUCCUCUCCAACAGCUCUCAGCUACCUGGUGCCCUCCAGAUGUUUUUGACCACAAUUCCCAUCACCACCAGUCACUAUGAAGGGGGCGGACAUCUGGGGGGAAAGCAUUUGGCAACCCCACCCGCCAUUGAACCCAAUGUGUUUUGACUUUAUAUGAUUUUGGCCUGUGUAAGUUGCAGGUUUACUGUACAGCACUUGUCCCAACGGCGUGGUGGUGGUCCUAGAAGUAUGCCCACUUCCAGCGAUGACGUUAAGCCGUCUCUGCAGUUUAUCUCUCAUAACAUGAUCAUGGAGGAAGUCCUUGAGAGCUAAUUAAGUUAGAAUUGUGUUUCAGGUAAUACAGAGGUCCAUCAGCCACAGUUCCAUUUGUCUGGAAGCACUGGAAGUCACACCUAUUUACCAUGGCCUUUUGCACUUAAGUUGUACAUUUUGAGGACCCUUUGUUACUCUAUUAUUUGUAGUUGUUUCCCCAGCUGUUGUUAGACUACAACUCCCAUCAUCCCUAGCUAGCAGGACCAGCAAUCAGGGAUGAUGAGAGUUGUAGUCCAGCAACAGCUGGGGAUCCAAGUUUGAGCAACACAGAUUUAAAAUACCGUAUUUUUCGCCCUAUAGGACGCACCGGCCCAUAGGACACACCUAGUUUUUUGGGGUGGAAAUAAAGAAAAAAAAAUUAUUCCCCCCCAGCCGUGGCUUCAGCGCGCCCCACACUCCUGGCAGCAGGCUGCUAUCCGCAGCCUAGGGAGCCCUGCAGGAACUCCUGCAGGCUCCCCAGGCUUGCUGAUAGCUUCCUGAAGCCUGGACAGCGAGAGGGGUCGUUGCGCACUGACCCCUCUCGCCCUCCAAGCUUCAGCGAAAGUCUGCAUUCGCCCCAUAGGACGCACACAGAUUUCCCCUUCAUUUUUGGAGGGAAAAAAGUGUGUCCUAUAGGGCAAAAAAUACGAUAAUAAAGAAUUUGGAAUUCUGGUAGUUGUUCUUUUUUAAUAAAAAAACAACAUUAAGCAAGUAACUAUGGGUAUUCCAGUAGCUGGCACAAAUGCUAAUAUUUAUAGUUCCACAGGUAAAAAGGAUCUUGCAUGAAUAUGGUGUCCAAGUGAUCUAAUCGCCUUGAUCUGAAUAUCAGUGGAAUAAGCUAGCAAGAUAUAACUUGGAGUUUAGCUUUGAUUUGCAUUUCCACCCACAAACGUUUCAAAAUAUCAAAUAAAAUACGAUUGUCCUGAUUCUGUGGCAGAUAUAGAUUAUCUGAUUCAACCUCUCCCUCCAAUUAAUUAAUAACGCUUUCCUAAGUGGAUAUCUGCCAGCCAAGGCUUGAUUCUUGGAAACAAGUUAACCCCUUAAUUCCCAAACCACACCACAUACAGGAUUUUUAAAGCAGUAGAAUGCCUCCACGCAAUGUCUGCCACAUUGAGCUCCUGAAGGAAGUAUGGUAUAACAAAAGAGGAAGAAUAUACGGUAUUUAGUGCUUGUCUCUGUAUGAACUUAAUGGAUUAAGUACAAUUCUAAUCACCCCACAGAAACCAGUGUAGUCCUUUCCUUUCCAAUAGAGCUUCUGUUGUGCUGCUGGGCACACGAGCACUGUGGCCGGGCCCUUUAUGUCAAGAUGCUCUUCAAAUCCUCCCCUAGGAACAUGCAGCAGCGUGCACUAUCCUUGCUCCUUGUUUGCAGCUCUACUGCUUUUCCUGGAAGUAGUUUGCAGCUUUACUGCUUUUCCUGGGGAAGGACAAGCCACCAGAUAUUCCUAGGGAGGGUGCAGAAAGGCUGUGAACAGCCGGGCUCUGACGCUUUGUCUCUGGGUGAUGGAAGCCUGAGUGUAUGCUUGGGUUUAUCACACAUGUACUCAUAAUGUAAAGGGACGUAGGUGGCACUGUGGGUUAAACCACAGAGCCUAGGGCUUGCCGAUCAGAAGGUCGGCGGUUCGAAUCCCCGCGAUGGGGUGAGCUCCCGUUGUUCGGUCCCUGCUCCUGCCAACCUAGCAGUUCAAAAGUACGUCAAAGUGCAAGUAGAUAAAUAGGUACCACUUCGGUGGGAAGGUAAACGGCAUUUCUGUGUGCUGCUCUGGUUCUCCAGAAGCGGCUUAGUCAUGCUGGCCACAUGACCUGGAAGCUGUACGCCGGCUCCCUCAACCAAUAAAGCAAGAUGAGUGCCGCGACCCCAGAGUCGUCUGCGACUAGACCUAAUGGUCAGGGGUCCCUUUUCCCUUUACCUUUCACUAAUAACGUAAGCUGAGGACUGUCUUUUUUGUUUUCGUAGGUACAUCCGAACAGCACCUGAUGGAAGCUUUCUGAGAUAGAAACUGGCUCCAGAGGAUUUGGCAACGGUAGCCUUGGAACUUUUAUGAAUCCGGUUGCAUUUGUGGGGAAAUGGCAGAAAAUAAAGAAAGGAGUCCUAAAAAUCCAGAUGUGAGGCCUAAAACCAGCCGGAGUAGAAGCGCAGACAGAAAGGACGGCUAUGUGUGGAGCGGAAAGAAGCUUUCCUGGUCAAAAAGGAGUGAAGGCAGUGCUGACGCUGAAACAGCCAGCACCUCAGGGAAAUCCAUGUUUAGUUUAAGGAACCAGGAGAGGAAACACAGCUGUUCCUCUACUGAGCUAGACUUGGAGCGUUCCUGCGGCCACAGACUCCUAGGCCGCUCCCUUAAGCAGAAACUGCAGGAUGCUGUGGGCCAGUGCUUUCCCAUAAAGAACUGCAGCAGUCGACAUUCUUCGGUGCUUCCAUCAAAGAGAAAGAUCCAUAUCAGCGAGCUCAUGCUGGACAAGUGUCCUUUCCCGCCACGAUCCGAACUGGCCUUCCGGUGGCAUUUAAUCAAACGGCACACUGCCCCGGUAAGACAGGCGUCCGAAAGUUGGUUAAGUAUGGAGCCGUCACAAGGUGAAGGGAGGAACGGGGAACUCAGGGGCGUUGAGAGUACCGAAGGAGGCGAGUCAGCGGUUUUGCAGGCAUGCAGCGUUCCUGACGUUGCAGCCUGCAGGUGCGACCCUCAAGGUGACCCUGCCGCAGGCAAGCAGCUAAGGAACAGCAGAGAGGAAAGUGACAUGGACUCCGACGAUGAGGUGGUGACACUCUGCACUAGCUCCAGGAAGAGAAACAAGCCACGGUGGGAAACGGAUGACGAGCUGCUGCAGCUGGAAACCCCUCCUAAAUAUCACACCCAGAUAGAUUAUGUUCAUUGUCUUGUCCCUGACCUCCUUCAGAUCAAUAAUAAUCCCUGCUACUGGGGAGUGAUGGAUAAAUACGCUGCAGAAGCACUUUUAGAUGGGAAGCCAGAAGGGACUUUUUUGCUGCGAGACUCUGCCCAGGAAGAUUACUUGUUCUCGGUCAGUUUUAGGCGUUACAGCCGGUCCCUUCAUGCCAGGAUCGAGCAGUGGAAUCACAACUUCAGCUUUGAUGCUCACGACCCAUGCGUCUUCCAUUCUCCCGACAUCACUGGACUCCUGGAACAUUACAAAGAUCCAAGCUCUUGCAUGUUCUUUGAGCCACUUCUCUCGACUCCCUUAAACAGGACUUUCCCCUUUUCCCUUCAACAUAUAUGCAGGACAGUUAUUUGCAACAACACGACUUACGAUGGCAUAGACGCCCUUCCCGUUCCGCCCUCUGUGAAGUUGUAUCUGAAAGAAUAUCACUAUAAGUCCAAAGUUAGAGUCCUCAGGAUUGAUGUACCAGACCAGCAACUCUAGAAGACUUUCGGAGAGACCUUUGGGAGUCUCUGUCCUUUCCCCUCUAAAUAAUUGUUUUCCCCUGGAAAAAAAUUAUUUAUAGUCUCAACUGAACUCUGCCUGAGCCUUAUGGUCCAAAUAGAUUUUUAUUCUGCAGCUCCAACAGGCAGAUUUUUUGGGUGAAGACACAAAAUCUGUGCUUUUAUUGGUAAUAAUAUUCUAUAGGGUUUUAUGGAAUUUCAAGUAGAUUUUUUUUAAGUUUUCACUCAAGCCUAACCUUUUAGAUUGAAGCUAAGUCAAAAUGAAUUUUGACUUGUCUUUUAUAUACUGUGAUUUAUAUGCAGUACAGGCAUGUUUGAAACACUGUAUGCAAUGUCUACUCAAGAGUGACUAAUUUGUAUUUUAUACCUUUCUUUGAAAAUUAGUACUUGGUCCUCUCUAUAAAAAGUAAAAUUAAUGUCUAUUUAUGAUG